CUUUGCUAUAACGAAGCCUUGUUUCUAAAAACAUGAUCCAGCCUUGAUUUCUUAUCAACGAUGACUACUUUAUCUCCCAAAUGGCCAACUGGAAGGUUCUCGGGGAAGUUCCAGACUCGGACGACGACGCCGAGUUUGACAGCCAGGAGACAGACGUAAUUCCUAUUCCUGCACUCGAACCAGCACCACCGACCCUCGAACAGCGACCUGUUGCAGUGCAUUCCGAACAACGCAGUAUCUGGGAUAUACCAGACUCAUCGCCGGUGCAGGAAACACGGAAGCAAGGACCAACUGAACGCCCCAAGACACCCAUAUCAUCAGCAGCCCCGGCUACAGCCCUUGUGUCCUCACCUCUCUCUUCUAUCCCUGACGACGCUUUUGAUAAUGACGAACUCGACGAAUUCCACAGUCAAUUCCCCGCUGGGGGAACGGAAUUAUUGAGAAAGACGCCAGUCACGACUCGUAACUAUGCUGAGGGCUCACCGGACCCCCUCGAUUUCACGCAGGAUGACGUAUCGAGAAGCUUUGUGGAGCUGACCCAGGCACCACCUGACUUCCUCCUUGACAAGGACGCCGACGAGCCGAGUGAACCGAAGCCGAUCCAAGCUCAGCAGCCGAGAAGCCAAUCCCCGGUUACACUCGGUACGCAGGCUGAAACUGAAUUCGCAAGCCCUUCCACGGCUGCUUUGCAAUAUGGUCGCGCGCUUCGUCCGAGGAAGCCGAUCCAGCAACAUCCCUAUCUUAUUGAGAAUGUUCAAUACAGCAAAGCCUUGAGAUCCGCAGGGGUCAAACCCGUGCGGGUAGAUACCGAAGAGGAGAGACUGAGGAAGAGGAAGGCCGCGGAAGAGGAUUCCCAAGAACAGGAGUUCGAGGCUGAUAGCCAAAGCAUCGCCAGCGGUGUGGGGCCCUACACAGCCUCGGAGGACAAUACUCAAUCAGCAGACGAUAAUCAGCAGGAAUCAUUCCCUCGCCUGUUCUCGACCCCUCCCGACCACAGAACCUCUUCUCCGAAGCCGCGUGGGCUUUUGAGUAGUCCUUACAGCCGCUCUCGAGAAACCGACCUCACGAGUCCAUUUAUGAUUGACGAAGACGACGACGACGGCUUCCCGUCCCUGGAUAUUCUGCCCAACUUGAGCAAGAAGAUAUUGUCGCGAGAAAAACGACCAUCAUGUUCGACAAAGUCCUCCGCCCGCAAGAAAUAUCGACGCAACCCCAUGGGUAGCACGUCUGUACCCACAACCUUGGACGGCAAGACGCCUCCGAGACCUUUGGCACGCAUAGACCUUCUCGAAAGCUCGCCAGAAAGACCCUUGACCACUCUGAAUAGAGAGCCAAAUGUUGUGUUUGAAGAAGGGUCUGAGACUCCGAAGCAGCAUCGCGCAGUUCUUACAGAACCUCGGCACCAAUCUCCACUCGUAACAACUACUCGUCAGAUAUUUGACCUGACUACGGAGGAUGAUGAACCAGCUCUGGUCGGGGAGGCUGGCUCUGUUGCAAGUAACGCCUCAGGAAGCGAUUCGGAGAACAGCGUGGACAUAACCAGAUUCAGACGGAGGGCCCGGGGGGUUCUGCCUGCGUCACAUUUCAGGCUGGACCAAUCUGUGAAUCAAGCAAACUUGCGCCAAAAGGCGCAAAUUCGACCCUUAGAGACGACGACGGAUGCGAUACAGAGACGUGGUUUGGCUGUGCGACGAACAGGAACUUCUCGUCCACAGCCCGCUUCGGUGUUCCCUUUCGAAGUCUCCGAUGAAUCUGAUAUCGAGCGCAACGAGGCCCCCCCAAUCUCCACAGAACCGCCUUUGGUUCAAACCGUCCUGCAUUUGGAAGAUUCCGACAAUGGCUCGGGCGCCGAGGAGUAUGACGAGAUCGACCACAUGACUCAACGUAGUAAACGCCGGCUCGACCGCAACAGCUCGUAUAGUAACACCAGCAAGCGACGGAAAACCCUCCAUACACCGUCUGGAAAACGACGCGAACAACAGACCAUUACGAGCCACUUUUCAUCUCGGAACCGACAGCCUUCCACCUCCAGAAGAAAUACCUCGACUACUCAUCCUGCCAGAGGACCACAGAAACGGAGAUCAAAGCAAACCAAACUGUCAAAGGCACCGCCUCAGAUCGGCAUCCUUGACGUGAUCGAGCCGAGCGCACCUCAAUUCCUGAAGAUCGCCGCGCGGACAGCGAAGAGAAGAGCGCACAAGGGGCGGACAACCCCGAGAACCAAGAAAAUAUGUUUGGGCACCCGCGAGGACCAGAUCGAUGCCGGCACCGUGCUGCAUAAUUGGACCAGUGGCAAGAUCCAGCCCCGUUCGACAGUUCAGCCGACCCGUCGCGAUGUCGUCCCCAAGAUGGGCCGGCGGCCUCUGCAGCAUAUUUCACAGAAUUUACAGAAACGAUCACCUGAGGCUAUCCGUGAUGGGCCGCCAACAGACCCGAAGUCGAAGCAUGGCGCGCCAAUUCUCAACAGUACGCUUGACCGUCAUCAUCAAGCACGACACCCAGACCGAAAUAAAACUCCGACCCCGGAUACACCAGUCCGUCCUGCACAGCUGGAAGCCGACCUCUUGACGCAACCUGGGCGGCUUGCCUUCCAUUCGAAAAAGCGGAUGCUUGACGUUCUGUAUCGCCAAAAUGUCAGACGUGCAUCGUCCCCGAGCAUCAUCCUUUCUCUGGGUUCUGUGGAUGCUCCUCCGAAUGCCAGUCAUGACACCGACUCGGUUUUGUUUCCUGCUGAACUUGAUGAGAUUUCGGCUUCCCCUCCUCCUGAACCUGUGGCUCGAAGACGGAAGAAGAUGGCCAGACCUAGACGCAUUGAUACAAAGGCAGCUCAAUAUCGGCACGCCAACGACCCAUUACCCCUAGACUCACCAGCACCAGUAGAGAGCGAGGUGGCGGAGGUCAGCGAUGGUAAAUUGCUGGGUCUCGGACCGUUCGGGACCCAAUAUUCUCAGCACUUCGAGAGAUUUCCUCUGGAGCGAGGAAUCUUUUUUCACGAGGAAACUCUCUUAGGAAGCGGAUGUGUGCGAGCUGCCUUGGAUAAGAGCUAUGCGGACAGAGUCUUCCAGGUUCGGCCACGAGUCUUCUUCAGUCUGUCGGGGCAGUCCUUGAGAUGGGGCCCCUGGAAUGACGACGUGUCCUCCGAAUUUGGCAUCUUAUGCGAUACCAUUUUGAACCAACUUGUGGCCCCGGAUACGCCGGACGACCCCCAAUUGGACGCGAAAGGGGCGGCACGGUUCAUUCGGUCGUAUAUACAAGAUGCUUUCAGCGUCUCUCCGGACUCGGAAGCAGAAUCCUUCAUUUCCCGUCUGGUCGACGUCUUCGGCAGCUUCCUAUCACGGUUGCAGACGGAGUUGUCCCAUCUUAGUCCACGGAGGCUACAAGUGGUUCUUGAGAUACUCUGCCAGUUGCUUGUGGCCACGGCCAGUGGAGUCAAUCUCUGCAAGAAUGUCGACGUGUUGAGCUCUGAAAUGAUGCGAAUGGAGUUGCUACUCCAAAAAAUGUCUGCGACAUGCGUCUCCUGUCUCCUGGGCGUCGGGUUCGGUCCCAUCGCCAAGCUCCAGGACGACCUGCGGCGACUCGCGUUCCGCCAGCGUGGUAUUCGAGCUGAUAAUGUUGCCGCUGUGACCUGGGUUAUUCUGAUGACAGUUCUCGGGGACUUUCAGAUCCCUAGAAUGAGCUUCUGGGACGUUACGUACUCGGUGCUCAUCAAAGCCGAGGUGAAGUCAGGAGUCAACGCGAGGACCUUUGAGCAACUGUGGGAGAACGUCUUCACCUUGCUGCCUCUAUGCGAGUUUGACAACAUGGGGGUCGUGACUUCGGGAUCGAGGUAUCGCAUUUCGAUGGAUGGUUGGGCCCUGCCACAGCUCGUCUUGAAGCGAGUCUUCCAGCUAUACAAAGACAACAGUCGUCAAUCUCCCAGCUUCAAUAUCUACUGCAGAGCUCUUCUUAGUCGUUGUCACUACUUGGUCGAGCAGUGGGGUUGGCAAAAGUGCAGCGGUAUCGUCGGCACCAUUUUCGACUUCUUCGGGUCGCAAAACCUGUCGCAUCUUCGAAACGAGGUGGUCUACCGGUCACCCGCGUUUCUGGAAAGCCUGCAUCUCAACCCGUCCUUGCAAGUGGAACCAGAAGAUCGCUGUUUUCACGUCUUCCUCAAGCUUAUUGCCGUGGCCAUCAAGCAGUUGGUACGCUCGGGUUCGACCAACGAAGUUCGGAACCUCGUGGCUCGUACAUUACCGAACCAUAACCGUCAGUACCUUAAGGAGCACAACGUCCAUCAGGAUGAUCUGGGUGCGCUCCGGAACCAUCAUGAUCUGCUCUGCACCUUGUACUGGGCGACUCCACCGGAUUUGCGCCCUGCCACACUGAUCCAGCUUCUGAAGCAGCUCGUCAUCCCGGCUAGCUCGCACAAGGAAGCGUGUCUCAUAAACUUGCGGGCCUGGGGGCAGACCGCGCGCUUCGUCGCGUCCAAGGGCUCGGCCUCUGAAUUCAAAGCUUUGUACUGGUGGCAGACGGACACUUUCCAGGAACUCCUUGGUCAAUACGACUCCGUUGCCGCCGACAUCAACCAGCAGAUGCGCAACAUGUCUAGCGAUUCCAGUGUCGGGAUCAGCCAGGAUCUGAUAAAUGGGGUCAUAGCCAGCAACAAGUUGGCGACAAUGGACGUCCUGAUCUGCAGCACACGUUUGUCCCUUAACACCGCUCGAUACGCCCGCAGUCUCGAGCUGGCCAUUCUCGCCGCAAACAAUUAUCAAAUAAAACAGGUCCUCCGCCGAUUUUCCACCGCAGAACCCGAGUUUCCUUGGACCAUCCUUCGAGACACCUUGGCCACGCUUGAACUCCUUUUGGAUCGAACUGAGCGAGCCCUUGGUGAUGAUAAGCAGCGUGAAAACGAAGAGACAUUAAAUGAAACAAGUGUGGAUGACAGCAUCAUGCUACUGGAUCGUGAAAUCACCGCGGACUUUUACGCCAUGGCUCGUUCUGUACUAAACAUCGAGUCAGAGGCUAAUGCAUCGUCCCUCUCUUCUCUAUCCAGAACAGAUUGCGUCGAACAAGUGGUGCGCGUUGGGGGCCAGUUAGCCGCAGUCUUAACGCAAUGCGGAGCCAUGCGCCUUUCCCAGUGCUUCAAGCGCGGGAGGCAAGGCAUGUUCGAAGAUGUCCCCGCGAGACUGAGCUUGCGCCAACGGCAGUAUCUCCCACUCUUCCUGGCGGUUGUUCAACAGCGUGCCACGGUCGAUCUCACGGAUAUCGGAUCGAGCUAUCCGCAACUGUGGCUGCUGUCCCUGGUGAAGCCGGUGCGCUAUCUGGGCUUUGAACAUGAGCUUGCCGCCGUGCUGGGCCAGCAGACGAACACCUUCGUGCCGGGUGACGCUGGCCAGUCCUUAAGGCAAAAGAAUUACGGGACGCCACGGCAUCUUUUUGCAUAUGCCUUGUCCUGGAUGAGACGCUCGCUGCGAGAGGCCCCUCUAGCCGACAAGAAAAAGCUCUCGACCGAGUUCGAUUCGGCUCUCCAGACGAGCAUGCAGCUCAUGCGAGAUGACCUCCGAACGCUCGAAGCUUCUGGAGACGGCCAUGGUGCCUAUGUUAGUUUUGUUCGUCGAAUCAUUUCUCUCAUCAGAGCACACGGAGGGGAUAUUUGCACGAUACCCAAUUUCUUCUACGAGAUCAGCAAAGAGUACUCCCCACCUUUGCAGGACCCUCAGCUCCAGGUCGCCAGUAUCGAAUCUUACGGGAUCCGACUCCUAGAAGGGGACGCGAAAGCGGCGCCGCAACUGUUCUUCUACCUCUAUAACAACUUCAAACAGGCCCUUCACAAUGGCAAACUGGGACACGAGGUAGCAAUAUUGCGUGAGGGGAUGAAAGUGGAUGCCGUCCUCUCCUUCAGCUUGGGAAAAAUGGUCCCUGCCAUCCUGCAGGCUGCUACGGAGAAACAUGAACUGUUUGUCAUAUUCGACGUCUUCUGCGAGGCAAUCAGGCUCAGGCUCGCCCAGUCUCCGGUCUCUUGUCAAAUCGGCGAAGAUGCGCUCAGCCAAAUCCCAGCCAUGGUACACGCCACCCUCAGGUGGGCGGCCGAAGUGCGGCGCUUGGGGGAGAUGCCACUACCGGCGGAGAAGACGCACCUCUUCAGGAAGAUUCUCUUCCUGUUCAACACCCUACAGCCUGUCCUAGAGGCGUACUCGUUGUCCAUGCACGAGCCCGCAUGCUGGGAGGACCUAGAAACAUCUUUGGAAUUGAUGAGCAAGACAACGAGGGAAGUCGAAGAGACGUUGGACUCGACUCCUAGUCUAGAGAGGACGGCGCUUUCCUCUACUGCUCUCUUCGCCGGGCUCUGUGAGGCGCCUGACGAGACGAGGCCGCGGGAUACCCAUGUCGACACGUUCGCGACCAGUCUUGUUCGCGAUGCCGAGCGGAACUGGGUGGUCACGCCGGAUACCAUCACAGUCCAGGGCCCGGUGAGGGCGACGCAGUCAGGACAGGGGUCGAGGCGGCCGGUAUGGAUCGCGGAAGUGUUGUUGGAGAGCUUGCAUGGAGAGCUGCGGCGAUGGAAUUGGUGGUGGUCUAGAUGUAGGCCGGGUGGGCUAGGUGUGGGAGGCCAGCAAUCAAGACGGUGCCUCGCUUGGGCCGGGGGUACGGAUGCUGCCGCCUGAUGAGGCAGAUUCAAGAUGGGGGG